AGGAUGCAGGAAAAUUUGGGCAAUGACAAAAUGUCUCAAUGCGCAACUUCAGAUGUCUUUUGGCAUUGGAGGGAGCCAGUAAACAGGGUUUCGACCUGCUAGUUUCGGAAGUAGCAGCAAUUGAUGCUGAUUGGGUGGGAAACGCGAUGCAGGAACCGUUCUGGCGCCGUUGGUUAUUCCUUUAAUUCGACCGAUCCGCCGGAAUCCAACUCAUGCAACAUAAAUCCCGCGUAGAGCUGUUUGUUGGUGUUGUUUCUCUGGUCACAGAACGAGAAUCGCCAUCCCAAAGGUGGCUUAGAGGGCUCCCCUAUGGCAAUGUUAGUUCGCGCCGUAGUAUCUCCACCCGGCCUUCCCGCUUGGGGAGGCAAACAACGAUGAAACUGGGAUUAUGGGGAGGCCUACGAUGACAGUACGACCAGCAGAGUAGGUGUAUAAAAUGAGCGAGUUGAUCGCUCAUGUGAAAGUGAUAAUGGCCUCUUCAUCCCAUGAUUUUGCACCUUUAUAACAUUCACAGACGUUCACCACGAACCCAAUAACAAAAUGGCUAUUGGUACAUGGUUUGCCGCCGUCAUGGCAGCCUCGUCAAUAGGUGUCUCAGCCCUCCCAAGCCAAAGCAAAGACAUCCGUGACAUCAACUUCGGUAUCCCCAGCGCUCUCAUUUCCAGCCAUCUCUACGGGGCCCCCGCCAACAACUUCUCAUGCAAAUCGUCACAUAACCCCGUGGUAAUGCUCCACGGGCUAUCCGCGAGCCGCGAGGUCGACCUCAACCUCCUGCAAUACGAGCUCAACGACCGCGGAUACUGCACCUUCUCAUCUACCUACGGCGCGCACCCGAUCCCAAGCUGGAUCGGCGGAUUAACCGACAUGACGAAGUCAGCGGCGCAGAUCGCGGAUUUCAUCCGCGAGGUGAAGCGGAAGACGGGGGCCGCGAAGGUCGACAUCGUCGGACACUCCGAGGGCGGCGUGCAAUCGAUCUACGUGCCCAUGACGCAGGCCGGGAUCGCCGAGAUAGUAGAGCACGUCGUCGCGCUGGGCCCCGCGAUCCACGGCGCGACGUACUUCGGGUUCACGGACCUGUGGUACAUCGGCGGGGACCUGACGCGGGCGCUCGUGGGGCAGGUCCUCGACGUCGUCGGGUGUCCUGCGUGCGACCAAUUGGCCGUUGACGGGCUGGUCACGAAGCAGUUCGCUUCAGCGGCGAAGAUCGCGCAGCCGGGGAAUAAAGUUACUGUCAUUGGCUCGACGAAGGAUACCCUUGUGCCGGUGGAGGUCAGCACGAUCGACGAGGCUGAUGUCAAGAAUGUCCUCGUGCAGACGACUUGCCCUGAUGAUCCUGUUGGCCACGCUGGGCUGGCUUGGGAUAAGUCUGUCUGGCGCCUUAUCGUCAAUGCGCUUGAAGAGACGGAUGAAGAGGUUUAUAAAUGUGAAAAGGGCCUUCCGUUCUAGAGGUCUGCGUGUAUGAAACUAAAUUGUUCUUUUUGAAAAUGUUUAUAGAAGAUACCCAUUGUACUCUGUACUCAUAGCUGUUCAAAUCCCAUUAGCUUAGCCCCUGUACUUACACGGUCACUACGCUGUAUUGUCAAUUUGUGGUAGUGCCUCUAACCCCCAUACCGGCUUCUAGCGAUGAUUGCCCUUAGAUGGUAUUGUCUUGAGCGUAAUGCUUGAAUAUGGGAGAUAUUGAACUGAAAUCAAACUAGAACAGUAUUUUUGUUCGCAUAAUUAACUUCGCACAUUUAUAGCUUCAAGCGUUACGCGUGGUAUGGUGGUUUUCUACAUACCUGUAGUUUGCUGGUUGCUGGUGGCCCGAUAGCUACCACAUUUGGUUUAGUUCAAUACCCUAGGAUUUAUACAUACCUAUGCUGCGGUGACGAAACGCGGACCUUAC